AUGGGGCCGUCGAUGGAGGAGGAUUACAGGAUGAGGACGCAGGACGCCACCUUUUGCAGCUGCUUCCAUGUGUUCAUGGCGCAAAUAAUCGCCGUCAUCAACAACAACAAAAACAAGACGGCAACAGGACAGGAUCAGGACGACAGGAUUGGGUCCUGGUUCCUGAGAACGGGGAUGUGGGGGUCCAAAGAUGAGUUGAGAGACGUUGACGCUGACGCCAUUAGCACCGAGUUUUGCAGCAUCAACGACAAACUUUAA